UAACCAACAUCUUGUACGCAGGAAGAUUUUCCAGGGAGAGUUGAGACGACGAAUGAAUCCAACACUUACCGACAGUAUCCGCCGUCGCUCCAAGCAACAAUUGUUAAUAUGACACAAUCUAUUUUGCAACAGCUGUUAUUUCUAAUGGCGGUGGCUUCAGCAGAAAUACGACAACAACUUUAUUCAGUGGCACGUGGAUAUCGUUUAAUGAACCCACCCAUGUCGACUGUGGGCUAUAAACCUACCAAAUGGUCUGCAAUGUGGUGUCUGAAUCACUGUCUGGCUUCAUCUUGUGCAAGUGCUUCGUUCAGUCAGACUGAGGGUAUCUGCGAACUACACAGUGUGAAGUUGUUCGAUGGUGAUUCAACAUUUAUGGAAAGCAACGAUUGGGUUUACAUGGAACCCAGAUCAGAUGUGUUGUCCUGGGACGGGUGGACAGUGGUGUUCCGGGGCCAGAGUGAAACAGGGACGUCCAUCUACUCAGCGUGGUUGGACGACAACCUCUACCACGACCUCCCACUUCUACCACCUCGAUUGAAGCCUGGAUGUUUCUCACCCAACACAUCUCGUCCUUGUGAUGAUCAUUUCAGAAGCAAGAUUAUCUCUACAUGGGAAACAGCUAGUGUACAGCUGGUGAAAGUGCAACUGAUGAAUAACAAUCAAAUUCGAAGUGAAAUUAUCUUUAAUGGGACCGGCACUAACAAGAUGUCCUGGUUUUCGCCUACCAGAGUGAUCAACUCAACAUGGACGGAUCUCACAAUGUCAACUUUCAAUUAUUUCAGUAUCACAGGACAUCCAACUACUCGUCGCUUCAUGAUCAGCCACUCCUACGAUGGGUGCCCCAACGAUAUAAUGUGGAUGAUGGUCAUCGAUGGUAAUGGUGGAAGACACCAAUGUGACUGGGAUACCCCAGCAAUGAUACCCAAGUUCCUCUACACCACCAACAGCGAGAUGACCACCACGGGGACGCUAACAGAUUUCGAGUACGGAGAUGUCAUGGCAAUUCUUGUAAAAUUGGGCAACUGAGCACAAAACGCAAAUAAAUGAAACUUCACAUUUUCAUAAACGAACUAAAAUGCCAGUAUAAGUUCUUCUGUGACUUUGUUGUAAGCCAAGUCCAUGUUCAGAAAGAGAUGCACAUGUGGGUAUCCAUUUGAACAUGGAUGCCACCAGCACAGGUGGCCACAAUCUAACGCAUGCUUGAAGGUAGAAGUAUUCAGAUGUCUCGUCAACUCCCAAGAGCCUCAUCUUUCCAAGAAUCAUGAUGUUCAGUCAAAAGCACAUUUUCUUGAAAGAGAAUUUUCUGUUAAUAACCAAUGGAAGUCAUAACAUCCACAACAAUGAACCACACCCACACAUGGACUCAUGGAUAUUCCUUUGCUUAACGUUCACGCACCAGUGACAAAAAGGAUGUCCGAUGCAAUUCCCUAUAUUGACUUGUACAAUGUCGUCCCAUGAUGCUUCAGGUGAACAAUGAAUGGACUUGCCUUUGCAUGUGUUUGUGACAAAAACCAUUUCGCGAACAUCUGGCAUCAUCAUUAUUGGAUAGUGAUUCAUAGACACACGCACAUGAUAAAGUCGGAAUCGUCAAUCGAAUCUGCUUUUAGAUAUAGACAGGGUUUUUUAGGUUUUAUUUAGAUUGCGGACAGGAUUUUGUUUCUUUCAUUCUUGCAAAUGUGUUUGUAGUUACUUAGUCAGUUACGAAGGCUUCAUUUACCAUUUAAUAUUAGAUCGUAACCAAUUCACUGUUCAACAGGGUCAGAAGCAGAGAUUACUACGCUGGAAACCAUUAUGGCUGCGGUCGUAAAACGCUCUGUAUGUCAAGAAACAUUAUUGACGAGAUCACAGGGAACGACUACAAAUCAAUUAACGCGUGAUUCGAUUUUCCUUCUUAUGUACAAAAUAAAAUUAUAAACAAAAUAUGCUAAACACACUUGCACGUGUUCAUGAAUGUUUUCCUUACCUUUUAUGUGUUGGACAAAAACUUAUGUCAUCCGACAAAGCCUCUACAAUAAUGAAUAGAUCCAAACAAUGAUUCACGGCAAACUGAUAUGUUGAUACCCAUAGAGUGUGAGUGUGAGUGAGUUGGGUUUAACGCCGCUUUUAACAUUA